GGCGAUUGAUUGCGUAAAGUUGAUCACGUGAUUGGAGCGCGCUCUAUGAUUGGUGAAUCAAAUUCAGGGCGGGGUUUCUGGAAGGGUAACCCGGAAAUGCUGGAAAUACUUUUUCUACGUGUCGAUUUUAGUCCGUGAGCUUAAAAUGGCUGGGUCCGGAACCAGGAGCGAGAGCUCAUCGCGUCGGGUCCUGAGAAUCAGCCAGCUGGACGCUUUCGAGUUGGACGACGCCCUGGAGCAGCUCGUCUGGUCCCAGUUCGCUCGCUGCUUCCAGCAUUUUAAACCAGGCCUCCUGACUCGCGUGGAGCCGGAGCUCAAAGCUCUGCUGCAGCUCCUCGUGUGGAGGUUCACCGUGUAUUCCGGCAGCGCUACCGUGGGCCAGACGCUUCUCAACAUCCGCUACCACAACACGCUGAUCGCUGGACAGAAAUACAGGUCUCUGAGCAAAAAGCAGAAACUGUGGUUCGCUUUGCUGACGGUGGGCGAGAAGUGGUUGAAGGAACGUUCUCACAGCUUGUUAAUCAGACACGGGACGCACCCGGGGUCCCAGAAAGUACGACAAGCUUUAGCGUUGGUUAGCAGCGUGGGUAAAGUGGCUAGCCUGCUCAACUUUCUGCUCUUUCUUCAAAGCGGGACGUUUCCCACUUUGACGGAGAGGAUGCUGGGAGUGCGGCCGGUGUUUGUCCGCGAUCAGAGUGGCCGUGAAAUCAACUUCCACUACAUGAACCGGGAGCUGCUGUGGCACGGCUUCGCCGAGUUCCUCAUCUUUCUGCUACCGCUGAUCAACGUGUGGAAGUUAAAGACUCGUGUGUCUGCGCUGUUCUCCGUUUCCGAUCGCCUGAAAUCCGAGUCUGCCGGGCGCUCCGAGUGCGGGAUAUGUGCGGAAUGGCCCGUCAUGCCUCACUCUAUCGGGUGCAGCCACGUCUUCUGUUACUACUGCGUCAAAAGCCACGUGACCGCCGACGUCUUCUUCACGUGUCCCAAAUGCGGCGCCGAAGUCGCCGCCGUACGGCCCGUCGACUUUCAAAUAGAAAUGGCGGAAACGCGACGGACGUGAUACGUCCCGCCCCCCGCAACCGCCCCACCCCCGACAGCACGUCGUCGACGGCAACCGUAAUGUGAACCCCUGUCGGAAUCCCGAGAGAGCAGCUGAUGAAAGACUUCAGCUUGUGCCUUUUU